AUGACUCGAUACGCAGGCGUCGAAGUUGGCGGCACGACGUGGGUAGCGGCCAUUGCUGAAGAUCAUCCGGAGAACAUCCUGGAGAAGUUCGAGGUCGACACGACGACACCUGAUGCGACUAUGGGCGCCAUCAUCGAUUGGCUCAAGGAGCGCACGUUCGACGCGAUUGGGAUUGCGUCGUUCGGACCUGUGGACCUGAACAAAAAGUCCCCGACGUACGGCUACAUUACGAGUACGCCCAAGCCCAAUUGGGGGAACACGGAAGUUGUCGGCGCGUUCGAGCGCGCGUUCCCUGGUGUCCCUAUUGGCUUUGACACGGACGUGAACGCUCCCGCACUUUACGAAGUCGCGUACGGCGGCCACGGAGACAUUAGCAGCGCCGUGUACAUCACAGUGGGCACUGGCGUCGGUGUCGGCGUGUGCACGAAUGGCAACGCCAUCCACGGCUUCAUGCACCCUGAAGGGGGUCACAUCAUUGUACCUCCUGCUCCACAAGACAUUGAGACGGACUUCAAAGGCGUGUGUCCCUUCCACGGCAACUGUGUCGAAGGCAUGGUGGCCUCGGGCUCCAUUGCAGCGCGCACGGGCGUCGACCGGCGCGAUCUGGCCUCGAUCACGGACGACGAUCCCGUAUGGGACACAAUCGCUCAUUACUUGGCCAAUUUGUGUCUCAAUGUGACGUUCCUUACGUCUCCGGACGUGAUUGUUAUUGGUGGGGGCAUUGCUCGUCGAGAGAAGUUGUUCCACUUGAUCCGGGAAAAGUUCGUCGCGCGGGUCAACCAGUACGGCCAACAGCCGCCCGUGGACAAGUACAUUCGAGCAUCGUUCCACUCGGCUAUUGGCCUUGUGAGUUCCUUGCAUUUGGCUCGACUGGAACUCGAGCAGCACAAGUGA